AUGGGUGAUGGAGGGGCACAGGCUCCCUUCGAUGGCAAAUCUGCCAAAUCAGCACUUGGAUCCUUCAUGGAGGAGUAUGUCUGUGCCAACAACUUCUUCAAGUGCGAACUCGAGUUCAAUGUUGAUCCGAAUGUUCCCAUCCGGGCCAGUAUGGUGGAGGAGAUAAAGUCCUACUACUACAAAGAUGCGGCACUCUUCGCCGAGCCUUUCGAAGUUUCUGUGCCCUCGGCCUGGCUGGAUAAUAUGUCCAAGCUGGACAUGGUCAAGCCGAUCGUUUCGAUCGAGCAUCGGAUUGCCUUCGUGCUGCCACUUGGCUGUUGUCCCUAG